AUGCUCCGCGAUUGGCGAAAUACCCAGAGAAAGGCAGAAGAACGAUCAGUUCUUCUAGAAGCUUUCAGGGAGAUUAAGCGUGAAGAUCUUGCAAAGCUCUUAACCGCUCCCGAUGAUCUUCCACAGCAUGACCUAUUGAAGAGUGUUGUGAAAGACAUCAAGAAGUACUACUGCCUCAAUAUGUGUACCAUUCAAGCAGACCCAACCAAUAAUGACGUAAUGUUUGAGUUCGACCGUAUCUACACCGAUCCGACUUUGCGCGAAGAAGAUAGAAAUGACAAAACAAAAAGAAAUUCGCUGCUCUAUUGCAACCUCCUCAAAACAAAAAUCAACGGACAAUCGCCAAAUCGAUUACUAGUACAAGGUAGAGGUGGAGCAGGAAAGACGACAUUCUGCUCCAAGAUAGCUUGGGAUUGGGCAAAUGAUCUUGGCUUCCAGCAGUUCAAGUUAGUUGCUGUGAUUUCCUUUCGCAAGGCCAAGAACAAGACAGUUGGUGAAGUUAUCAAAUCCUACCUACCUGACGACAAUCCGUUUACAGCAGCGCAGAUAGAUGAAUAUAUCCUAUCCAAUCAGGAAGACGUCUUUCUGGUAUUUGAUGGUCUAGACGAACUUUGGGGAAAGUUAUCACACCGUCAUCAAAUCAAUCGGAUCAUUCGCAACCUGCUGUUCAUGUCUGGCACGGUCUUGGUAACAUCACGACAGUGGAGGGCGGAUGAGAUCUGCAGCAGCACUGAACUCAAGAAAGUAUACGCGUUCAUAUACCUAGAAGGGUUCUCAGUCGACAGUGUUGCUGCGUAUAUCACGAAGUUCUUUCACCAAGACGCAGCUCCCUCACAAGAACUGAUUGAUUUCAUCACCAGCAACGAUGUCAUUGCCGAUAACAUGGCACCCUUCCCGAUCUUCUGUGCUAUGUUGUGCAUCAUGUGGAGGGAGUCCGACGGAAAAAGACGAGAAGCAAUGUCUAAGUUGAAGACAUUUUCACAGGUGUUUGAAGAGAUGGUUGACUUUCUGGUAGACCAUUAUGGAUCCAAGGAUGAUUUCCAGACAGGUCCCACUGUGCAGGAGCUCCGUCAGAUGAUUCCCAAUCAUCUAAAAGCGAUUGGCGAAAUUGCCUUUCAGGGGAUUAAAGACAGACGUCUAGAGUUUCCUGAAGACACCUUUCAGAGUUGCAGAGAAUCUAUGGAAAUGGGCUGCAAAGUUGGGGUCCUGACAAGAGAGAAGCAUGCUACCCCGAGAUGUGACAGACGGAACAACCCUCAUUUAGAAAUGUCCAUGGUGCAGUUUCCUCACAAGCUCUUCCAGGAAUUUAUGGCGGCCAAGUAUCUGGCAUCAUUGCAUAGUUCAGAUCACAACAGAUAUGAGAGGAUCAUAGCUGACUUCCUUGCAGAGAAAUUGGAGUUUCGUUAUUUGCUCUAUUUCACGUCUGCUCAAGGGAGUGACCUUGGCCUGGACAUUGUAACGCGUCUCAUUGCCCAAAAGAGGAAUAGCUUCAUGAAUUUGUUUGAAGAAGAUUAUGGAACAGAUUUCAUCAUUGAUGUAGCGUAUGAGAGCCAACAACAAUCAGCUGCCGAGAAAGUGGUGAAUCAAUUAAUGGGAAGCUGGACAACUUUGGUGAUCUCUGACAGUUGGUCAUCACAUACGCUCUCUGGAUUUCUGUUUAUCAGGGACCAUCUGCAUGCAGUGGAUUCCCUUGUCUUGACAAAGGGAUGUGGCCGCAAAGCUUCGCAAGACAUAGCAGAAUUCAUCCUCUCAACGGCAUCACUAAGAACUCUGGUUAUCAGAAAUUUAUUUGGACCCAUGCAUUAUGUCUUCUACUCAAUUCUUGCUGAUAAGGCACAACAAUGUAAGAUUCAAAACCUUACGGUUGAGUCCUUGGACCUACAUGACCAGCAACUGUCAUCGCGUGACCUGGCAGUGUUCAUCUGUCAGAUGCCUUACUUAGAGAGUUUGUCAUUUUUUAACAAUAAGCUACAUGAAGACUUCUUUUCGAAAAGGGCUUCGAUUGUAUCGUCGGCAAAGGGUAAUAAUCAUACCUCUCUGCGUGAGUUGACAGUAGACCCCCGCAUGGUGGUUGCCUUGCAGUCGACGUGUGGUGACAUGUUUGACCGAGUGGAGAAGUUGUCUUUCAGCUUCUUUCAACAUUUCGAGUUUGACUUCCUCCAAAGGGUUCAUGGGUUCCAAGGAGUGACAGAGCUGACCAUCGGUGACGGAUCCAUUCAAGAGCCUUACCCGUCCAUAGGUGAGCCCAGCUCAAUGUUCAAGCACCUCGAGAGGGUUUUCCCUCAACUAGUCAAGCUAACAUUCAGAAUUGACGUGGGCAAUGCAAUCCUCAAACAGGUCUUGGAAUCACUGAGAGAGACUCGAGGCCUUCCAUUGAGCUUCAAGAGCUCCAGUUGGGAGUCUAUGGAGAUUGAUGGCUGGGACGAACUGCUUGCCAUCAGAGAUAAAAUCAACAACGAGAACGUCUUCAGAGUUGAGGUGGAGACUUUACAUUAG